AUGCUCGGGCUCCAUCCUCGUUCACUACUUCGUCGUCGUCCAGUGACCUUUCAUCGACCUACCCCUUCGGCAAAUUUUCCCAGAACAUACCGCGCGAAUAGCACCUUCAUUCCAUUCUCAGAGUUCAAACCACCUCCUAUCCGCCAGCGGCUCAAACCGUUAAUCCCAUUCUUCAUCUACUGGAGUAUAAUCACAUCUCUGGCUGUACAUCUACUACGUAUACGGAUAAGCUCAAAAGAAGAGUUGGACAAGCAAAAGGCAAAGAUCACCGUUUUAUCUGACCUGGUAGAACAGUUACGCAAUGGAAAGAUAAUAGGGGAAGAUGAUAUACAAAGGGAAUUGGAGAUGGUCGGUCUGAGGGAACGAACGGUGCUGUCACAGAAGGUAGAAGUGGAAGAUACGAAAGAUGUGAGAUGGACUGAAGUUCUGUUUGGAAAGAAGAGAGAGAUGAAAGACGAGGUUGAAGAGGAUGAAAAGAGUUUGGAGGAGUUGGUACAAGCUGUCAACGAAGCAUCCCAACCUACUCCAUCCCCAAUUACACUCAUACCGACCACCUCAAAUAUCAGUAUUCCGGAAAGAUCGGGACAGGUCAAGAGAGCACCCUCGUCGAGCGUAUAUAUGUGA